CGCAUACAUGGUUCGCUCAGCAAAACAAAACAUUACUGCCGACGGAAGUGACGAUCUCUUUCCUGCCCAAUAUGGCGACGAGAAAACGCGGACUUCGAGCCAGGUCGUCUGAAAUGCAACAAAACGAGCAGGCAAUGAAGACGUGUGGUGAAGAGUUCGACUCCAGCGACGACGAGGGGCCGGAGGAGGUCACCUUUGAGGAUUCAAAGGUUGAGGCGCUGCGGAGUGCCCAGCAGGCGCUGGAAACCGCUCGCAGGGAAAAGGAACUGCUCAAGGAAAAGAGGAAGAAGAGGCAACAACUGUUCCAGGAGCAAAAGAAGAAAAAACUGCUUUCUCUUGAAGUUUUGGAGGAGAUUGACUCUUCACGAGAUAGUCCAUCUAAAGAUGGCCAAAAGGCUCCCGUCGCAUCUCAAGAUGAAAAGCACCACAAAAGGAGAAUGACCGAGCAAAAACCGAGACGCUCUCGAAAACUGACAGGAAGAUGCAAGGUGAUGACAGUCAAGUCUCAAGAGAUGUCCUGCCAGCAGAAGACGGCGGAGGACUUCAUCAAUUCGUGCUUGUACGGAGCAAGAAGUCGCCGCACCACAAACAACCAGCUGCUGUCCCUUCGCAGUAAGACGGCUCCAAAAAAAAGUUCAGCGGUACAGUUUGUUAAGGAAGAAUGGGCUCAAGAGGAAAAAGGUAAAGCAGAGAAGAUAAAGAUGAGGUGGCUCCAAAAGAACAUUCCCUCCAGCUGAUUGGACGCCGGCAAGGACACGCCCCCUUGCUCCAACAAGAGCGGCGUUCACUUGCGGACACAAACAUGUCGGGCAAGCCUAGAUUGUAGGCAUCAGGGGUAGGCAACCUAUGGCCCGAGAGCCAAAUAUGGCUCUUUUGAUGGCUGCGUCUGGCAUUAAUGCUCCAAAUAUGAAGCACUCAUGCAGUGUAAUAACAUUUCUGGUCAGAGCCUAGAUAUUAAUGCAGUAGACACCAAAGCUUUUAUCAGAUAAUGUGGUAGCCUCCCCAGCUCGUUGAAAGAUCAGGAAGUAAAUUUCCCUCCUUUUAAUCAGUCCGCUAAUUCUGCAGUGCAAACCGUUUUAAAAACUUUGGUGAAAAAUGACUACCAUUAAAUUGAUUAGCUUCACUAGAACAUUAAAAAUUAAUUCAAAGGCUUGUAUUCUAAAAUUGUCAUGCUUAAAAAUGUAGUGCAAAUACAUUUUAAAAUGUGGCUUUGGUGUCUUAGCCUAAAAGGUUCCCACCCCCUGCUGUAUCUCUUGAGCCUCACGUCUGGACUGAGACUAAACAUCCUGCAUAUGACUUCAGGAAGUGUGCAGCAGCUAAUCAGAGAGCCUUUAACAUGAGACAUAUGGACUGCGGGUCACUGCAGCAUGUCAACCCUGUUCAGAAUAAAAUAUUGACAGGUUAUUCAAACUGAGAUGUUCCAUGAUGGGAGAUCAGAGUAAUUAUUUGUCAUCUUUUAAUAAAAAUCUUGUCACCCUCACAUAAA